AUGUGGACGGAGAAAUUGCCUACUACCGUGCGCCCCGGUCCGGGUCCCCGGUCCUGCAGAUUUCCCCCAGUCAGAGCUCCUCAAAAACUGUUCCGUCCGGAGCCCUUUACUGGGGCCGUAUCGCGGGCAUGUCACCGCAACCCAUCGGGGCACCCAGGAACCCCGCCAUUGAGCAGCCUUUGGUGA